AUGAGCUUCGUCAAAAAACUUGAGAAGAAGCCCAAUUUCAAAAAUUCGGUAAGUCUCAAGAUCUAUUAUUGUUCAAGGAUAUUUUCUUUACAGUCUCCUUCUAACGAUUCCGAAAUCUGGUCUGCCAUGGACAUUGAUGACUAUGAGAAAGUCAUGAAGGAGGCUAGCACCCCAGAAUAUCAUCUGAAGGUAUCUUAUACGAUAACGUAAUUUUGCCAUUUUUUGACACAAUCUCGCGUUAGGAAAAAAAUGUUCAAAUUUUAAAGUUCAUAAACGAACAACAAGCGAUUCAAGAACGAAUUAAUGUUGAAUUUCUGAAUGAGAUGAUCAGUUCUGAAGUGAACGGGGGGAAAAACUUACGAUAAUGGAGGAAAAGCGGCUCAUAAUCGAUUAUAUAAAAGCUGAUCACAAAAGCGAAAUGAUAAUGAGAAUCUCCCUGAACUGCAAUAUUCACCGGGGGAAUGCGUUUUUAAGAAAUUAUUUUACUCGACUGGUGAGCAAAUUUAUAGGAGAAAGAUAGUGAGUUGAGUCCCGAGAAGCGGAAACUGUUGAGAGAAGUUCGCGACAACUACCGGCCCAACUCGCCGACAAAAAAUCGUCGUGAUAAGCCGUAAAUUUAUUUUUUCUGCUUUUCGAUUAUCUUUUUUUUUUAGGUUCUCGGUUCCUGACAAGGAUUUUGCCUACAUCGAUGCUGACCAGUGAGUGGAACUCCAAACUUUAUUUAUUUUUAUUAUAUUUUUCUGAUUAAGGACCGACCAGUUAGCUAGAAAGAACUUCGAAACUGUGGAAAACGGAGCGGCGAACAAGUUCAAAUGCGGAAACGAAGAAACGUUCCCAGUGGAGCACGAUCAACACGACGGGUAGCCUUUCUUUUUUCUCGUGGAACAUGUAUAUAUAUUUUUUUUUUUAAAUUUCAGAUUUGGUCCCCGCUCUCAAAGAAACGGCGUUGAAAAGUUGAACGAGAUCCAGAAAAAUAUAUUUUGCAACGAGGUUUGUCACUAUUCGUGAAUUUCAUGUUUCAGAAGUUUUGAUAAGAACUUUUCAGGAAGAACAGCUGAAGUUUUCCAGUACAUCUCAGUUGCUCAAUCAUAGCGUUAGGAUCACUUCUGAAAGUAUUUCAUUCCAUUUUAUAGCCCGAAAUGAGACAUUUUCAAGGUUCUGGAGGCGAGUUCACUACUUUCAAAACGACUCCGAUUGGAUCGGAACUCGUUCCAAAGCUGACAAUUUGUGAAGAGGCCAAGGAGCAGUUGUGUCCUGGAGAGUCGGAUAGGCACAUGGUAUAUUCAAUGGCUUUUCAGAGUUUCAUGAAGAUUCUGUGUAAUUAUUUGAAUAUUUUUCCAUUGAUAUUGUUUUGUGUAUCGAGUUGCCAUGAGGUCCAAUGACAACCAUCUUUUGUUUUGAACAACCGGCUUUUUGAUUUUCAAAUUUAUUUUCCUGAGAUCUCAUUCUGGAAUAUAAAUGAGGAUAAGUUAAUGGUCAUCUGAUAACUUGAACUUCUCUUUCAAAAUGUCUGCUGAUAGUUUCAGAAGGCUCUUUUUUGCCUAUUCACACAUAAAAUCCAAUAAGUUUAGUACUUUUAGAACUCUGAGUGUGUAGGCAAAAUUAAAAACUUUCCAUAGUAAUCGAUCCAAAACUUUUUUUUUGUCAGUUGCUACAUAAAAUCAUAAUUUCCAUUUCCGUUCGAUCAACUUCAAAUAUAGGACACUUUUCGCUUCGUGAAAUUUUUAUUUUUGUCGCGAAUCUCGUAGGUCAACAUACUCAAACAAAGUUUUUUCAAGCUAUUUGCUUACAUUUUGCUGCAACGGUGUUUAGCAAAUAAUUUAGUUUUUUCUUCAUUUGGAGUUUUCGUAAUGACUCUACUCAUUCUCUCUUGUCGCAACUGUGAGAUCAACCUAGGGAUUUUUUUUUUUUGGCGGUUUUUUUCAUUUCUAAGCCAUACAAGGGUCAAGUGCACUAAAUUUUCCGCGUUUCUACAUUUUUUACAUUUAUAUAUUUAUCUUGUGUAGGUGAGAACUUUCCCAUUUAUUUUUUCCCAUGAAGCCUCUUUGAAAAAAUUUUUUGAAGAAAUUGAAGAGAAAUGUGAAACUACUUAGUCAUAGUAGACAUUUUUUAGAAUAGGCAUAAAAAAAGUUUGCAUUUUUUUAUUGAGUAUGAAGUCAUCUAGCUCUCUUUAUUUUCAACUUUCUGUCGGUCAACUCUUUCCACGGGGCAUGCAAGUUCCCAGCUUGCCCUUUGUUUUCCACUUACUAUCUGGACUAUAAUUUCCUUUCACUUGGAAAAAAAGAUUAGGAUUAAUAACUUUGAAAAUUUUUUUUUUUAAAUUUCGUUUGAUCCGAGAGGAAUUUUUUGAGUUAUAGUUUCCGUUUUUUUUUCUCCAAUAUUAAUUAGUUGGAGAACAUCACUUUUUGACGAAACAAAACGGGAAAGGUCGCAAAAAGUUAUUGAUGGUUAGAGUCUGUGUGGCAAGGUGGCGGGAGAAAGAUGGUAGAUAGAAGAUUGGCGCGCUGAAGAAUGAAAUGGACAGCGACACGGAUUGCGAAAGAGGUACUCUCUCUCGCCGCCACUCCCGUGUGCGCGUACGUGGGUCUGUGUUGUUGCCUGUGCAUUGUUGCUGCUGUCAUCGUUUUGCCGGCGGUCGUCGUCGGUCGCCUGAUCAAUUUCGAUCACUGCCGAAAAUGGAGGCCUGUCUUGUCCUCGCCUCUCACGGUGAUAACCUAA